AUGUUCACGGAGUAAAAUAAAAAAAUCCAGUUCUAUAAAACAAUGUAGUAUAAAAGAAAAACAGAAAGCUUCAUCCAAAAGUACUUUAGAAAAUUAUUCAUCCGACCGUUCAUCUAGAAAGAGCAUUCCUGAAAGUGAAAAUUCUCAUUCAACAUCAAAUCUUCCAGUUGCACCUACUGAAGUAACACAUUAUUGUUAUAUGUGCGAUGCCAUUGGUGGCAUAGACGAUAUAAUUGUCUGUCCAACAUGUUUUAUUAAAGUUCAUAAAGAAUGUUUAAUUAUUACUGAGCCUAUGUGGAAGUUUAAACUUGAUUCAUGUUCCUGGCUCUGUAAAUUUUGUAGACCAUUACACUGUGUCGAAUGUCUUGAAAGUAAAAUGGACUCAAAAUUUAUAAGUUGCGUAACAUGUAAAGUUGGCUUACAUAUUAGUUGCAUUGAUUUUUGUGGUACUGAACCUUUAGAAACUAUAACUAAUAACUUGUUCGUGUGUAAACCUUGUUUGACAUUGGCUACAAACAGAUUGCCAGAAGAAGAAGAAGAAGAAGAAGAAGAUGAUGAAGAAGAAGAAGAAGAAGAAGAAGAAGAUGAAGAAAAAGAAGAAGAAGAAGAAAAUGAAAGAGUUGUGGAUGAAAGUGAAGAAAAGAAGUAUAAAAAAAAAGUAAAGAAAGAAAGUGACGAAAAAAUAGAUAAUGAUAACAACAGUAUUAAUUCAGUUGAAUCUGAUAAUUCAUCUAUAAACUAUGAAAAAGAGUUUACUGAAGUUCCAAGUACAAUUAUUCCAGAUGUAACUAGAUGGGAUAAAUACCAAAUAUAUGAAUAUUUAUCAGAUCGUGUACCUAAUGAAGUACUUGCUAAAUUAAUAAAACAUGUAUGA